AUGAGUCGUUGUGCGUGACUACCUCGACAGCAAGACGAGUCUUUGUGCGUGUUUCAAUGGAGGGACUCGCAAGUUGUGCACGAGCGUGCGCUCGUGCGCGCGUACAGGUUGUUGGAGCCCGUACAGAUCUGCGCUAUUCUGUACGGGUUGUUGGAGCGCGUACAGAUCCGCGCUAUUCUGUACGGGCUGCUCGAGCGCGUACGCAUCCGGUCGGCAGUGCCUUGUAACAACGCUCAGCCCUGCAAGCUCUGCUGUGGCACAGACCCCGCGCCUCGCUUUGGAAGCGCCUUUUGCUACCCCCUCGUAUUAA